AUGCCAAAGUUUCAAAGACAGGCAACCCACGCCAACGAGUCGGACAUUUUGCAGAUCAUCGAUGAACGCUUCGAGGAACUCGAGGAGACUGUGGCGUUGGCUCGUUUGAUACCACAAAUCCAUGAUCGCCUCUUCGAAGUGGAGCAGAUGCUGAAACGCCUUGAGGUAGCAGGUCCUGAAGCGAAGAAAGGCCCCCAAUGGAGCGAGUCCGAGCCACCUCCACGCAUUGUGAUGCCGGAGGACGAUGAGACCUGGGAGCCACAUUUGGAGCUGCAGACAAGAAGCGAGGUUGGCAUGAAAGAUGUGCCAACGGGAUUAUCACCGCGGUCAAUGGCAGCUCAUUCACCUGCAAGAAGGAAAAGUAAAAAGAUCACCGAGAUCUCUCGGGAAAAGAUGUCUGAUGUGAACGAAGAAAUUUUGGACACUCAGACCAACGAGUAUUACAGCUUUGGCGAAUCUACAUGGGAUUUAGUGAUGUUCAUCGGCACCGGAGCUUUGGGUCCCAUGGGAUCUUUGCAGACCCUUUUAUUGGCUGUGGUGAAUGUCCUAAUGCAAGUGGUCUUCGUGGCUAUUGCCUAUUUUAACUUCACCAAGCCGGAUGUGGAUGAGACUUCCGUGGUGGACGCGCAGCGCUGGAGGAGAGCCUCAGGUCAUUCGAUGUGGAGCUACAGUGAAGUCUCAAAGGAAUCUCUGGCUGAGCGUGUUUGCAAAUUGGACAAGUCUUUGGAACAAUCUGGAAUCCAGGUGGCUUUGUACGAGAACAUCGAAAAAUACCUGAAGUCAGGCACCAGCGGUUUGGAAGGAUACUUUACAGGUCAAGUGCUGUGUAUCGUGGCGCUGAUCUGUUGGUAUUUGAUGGUGGCCAAGGAGUUGAGCCAUGCUUUCGCGUUGCUGCGAGGCGUUUUGGCCAUGCCUACAGGCCCCACGCGGAUCGAUACACGAGAGAAUCCCUUCACAAAGGCCGUCCACUACCGCCUGCGCUGUGUGGCCUUUCGACGCAAGGUUUUUAGCACCAUGUUAUUUUGCUACCGUCUGCUGGCUGCAGGAGUCUUAGUCUUUGUGGGCACCUUUUUCUUGGUCUACACCGUUAGUGUGACGGAGCUGAUUUUGAAUGCCGUUGCGCUGGGCAUCAUUUUGGAUAUCGACGAUUUGCUGUUUGAUGCAUUGGCGACCACACCUGGGAGGCACUUGGUGCAUCAGCUGGAUGCUCUGCCCAUGCCAUCCCUACCACGUGUCAGAGGUGCCGAUGCCAAGUCAGUGUUCAUGUCCAUCGGCAUCCCUUGUUUGACGAUCCUGGUCUACGUCAGCAUGCUGGGACCAUUUGUGGGCACCUUGCAGGAGGUGAGCCUCGCCAUGUGUGGAGGGAACUUGGGCUUUGUUUGGAACGUGGAUAAGCGACGAGUGGUGCUGAUGGCUCCCACUGUGGGUGGUGGAUGGGAAGACCAGGAUGCCACCAAGGUCUACGCCGUUGAAGAAGGCGAGCGCAUUGGAUAUGGCCUGGAACAGGCGGAUGCCAAAUAUGGCGUUUGGCUGAGCGAUGUGAGCCUGGUGGGAGAUCUCACAACAUUAUCCUUGGCGGAGAGCAUAGAUCUCUUCAAUCCUGAGUGUGGGGAUGUGGGUGAUGCAGAACCGAUGCUGCACUACCUCAGGUUCUUCCUUCAGAAUGAGAGCAUCCAAGGAUGUGCGGAUGCAGCGCCAUUUUGCACUUCGAUUUCCAGUUUGCCAGAUUAUGGAGUAGACGAUGGCAAAGGAUGGGCCACUCGUAUGCUUUGCUCAGAAACAUGUGGCUGUCGCAAUCCUGCAGGUGAGAACUUACUUGUUCAGGGGUGUCCAUAUGGUUCAGGCAGAGCAUGCCAAGUGUCUGAAAGCUUCCUGGAGCAGCGACAGAAUGGUGUUUGUCUGGAGAAAAAUGCCUCCAGUCUUCAGCAAUUUGCCCCUUGGGUGCAGUGGAUUGAGGCUCUGACAUCGUAUGGAAAUCAGUCUGCGACUUUGGCAGGAAAGCAGGAGGCACUAUUGAUCGCUCAAGCCAUGUGGGAUCAUGGCUGCGACUUCCAGGCCAACCUCAAUGCACAAAACAUCUCCUGGGGAAAUUGUUUCAAGUGGAACAGCUCCUUCGGAUGGGACUUCAAGACGCUGGAGGUUUUUUGUCCCCUCAGCUGCGGAUGUUCCGUUCAGACUCUGGAUUCGUCCUGCCCCCAGCCUUUCGGCUUUUCCUGUGAUGAACUGGAUCAAGAGCGUUGUCUUACCUGGAAUCAACAGCACUACUGCCCGGGUCACAGUCCCUCAGUUGAAGGUGCCCUUACCAUGACUUCUACUUCCACUGACCCGACUGAGAUGGCCGCACUCUUUGUGCCAGUUCAGCUAGCAUUGGUCAGCAGCCUAGCGUACUUUUCGGGUGCUCAAAGUCAUGCUGUUCGACUUGACUUGGCACCUAGAGGUUCGCUCAUCGUGGGGUCUUUCAGCAUUUUUCUGGUAGAUGAGACUUGGAACAUCCAAACCUUGUCCUCCAACUUGUUUUCUACAUCCGUUGAUAUUUUUGCGGCGCGGGUCUUUCACCUUCUUGCAGCUCAAGGGGUCAAUACGACUGCUGCAGGGAUUGAUAUUACCUCGUUGGGCCGACCAUCGCUGCUUCCGGAUCUGGGCCGAAGACUGGGACCUGGCGACAUCGACGACAGGAAGUUGGUCUAACGGCUCGGUAUCACUGGCGACCGCGAUGACCAAGUCACCGCGUGGCCAAGCGCAAGAAAUCCAUGGGGCUCCAAAGGAGAGCCUUGCAGAUGAGUGAAAUUGAAUGAAAAAGCGAUGCAU